UGUAUGCACCGAAAACGUGUGCGCUCUUAGCAAGCGUUCGAAAUAAAUAACCUGGCUGUGAACUUUAUAUAUUUGUUACAAAUAUAAGCGUUUUUUGUUUUUGUUUUGUUUUUUACGUUUUCCGUUUUCAGAGUAAACGAAGCAAAGCGACCGACAUGAAGAUUAAACGGCAGAAACACGCCAAGAAAACCAUCAGCUUCUACAAAUACAACUUCAGCUUCAGGCAGCCCUUUCAGAUUCUGGUCGACGGAACUUUUUGUCAGAUGGCCUUGAAGAACAAGAUUCAGAUCAAGGAGCAGAUGCCCAAAUAUUUGAUGGGGGAGGUCUUGCUGUGCACCACGAACUGUGCUCUGAAGGAGCUGGAGACUCUUGGAAAGGAUCUGUACGGAGCUAAAAUCAUCCUGCAGAGGUUCCAGGUGAGGAACUGUUCCCAUUUCAAGAACCCGGUUCCUGCUUCAGAGUGCCUGCUCUCCAUGCUGGAGGACACGAACCCGCAGCACUACUUUGUGGCUACGCAGGACCACGCAGUGACAGCCGGUCUGAAGAAGAUCCCGGGUGUUCCUCUGCUCUACAUCGUCCUCAACACCAUCGUGCUGGACAAACCCAGCCAGGCGUCCCUCGACCACGUCCACGCUGUCCAACUGCUGACCCCCGCCCAGCAGCAGAGCAUCCGCAGCCUGAAGGAGGAGCAGGGCAUCCGCUCCAAGGAUGGAGAGAGGCGGGGGAAGAAGAGGAAGAGGAAACAGAGCAACCCCAACCCUCUGAGCUGCCUGAAGAAGAAGAAGAAGGGACUUCCGACGCCGCCGCUGAAGAAGGCGGAGCCAGGGGAGAAGAGAAGCCGACAGAAGAGACUGAAAGCAGCAGGAGACAACAUGGCCGCCCCUCCAGCUCCUAACACGUGA